AUGAAGAAGAGAGGGUUGAUGGUUGUCACUGUUGAGGAUGAUGGUGGAGGAGGAGGGCGGUGGGAGGAUAGUGGGAAGAUGACUUUUGCAACGUCACGCAGAGAAGAGAGGAACAAGAAAGGUGUGCCUGCCGAAGCGCUUAAAGAAGUGAAUUUAUGGGCUGAAAAAGAGACAAACGGUUUAAUAAAAAAUCUACUUCCACCCGGCUCAGUUAAUGACUUAACUGUGCUCAUCGGUGCGAAUGCACUGUACUUUAAAGGAGCAUGGGAGGAACAGUUUGAUAUUUCAUAUACAGAGGACAAUGAUUUUCAUAUUCAGAAUUGCAACUCUGUUAAGGUUCCCUUCAUGACUAGUUGUGAGGAGCAGUUUAUCGGUGUUUUUGAUGAUUUUAAGAUUCUUCGUCUUCCUUUUGAGCAAGGUGGAGGAAAGCGUCGAUUCUCUUUUUACCUUUUUCUUCCUGAUGCAGAAGAUGGAUUGUUAGAUUUGAUUGAGAAGCUAGCUUCCGAAUUUGAGUUUUUACAACACAAGCUUCCUAGUCGAAAAGUUAAAGUUGGUACCUUCCGGAUUCCAAGACUCAAUAUUUCUUUUGAGCUUGAAACGUCUAGUAUGCUGAAGGAGCUAGGAGUGGUUUUACCUUUUUCCGAUAUUGGAGGUGUGGCAAAAAUGGUGGAUAAUGAAAGCCUUGUUGUUUCCAAGAUAUUUCACAAGUCUUUUAUUGAAGUAAAUGAAGCAGGUACUGAAGCUGCUGCGGCAACUUUCGAAUGUAUGGGGUUUGGUUUAUGCUUAGACGACACUCCGAGGAUAGAAUUUGUGGCUGAUCACCCUUUCUUGUUUUUGAUCAGAGACGAUUUGUCUGGAACUGUACUCUUCAUUGGACAAGUUCUCAAUCCUCUUGACAUGUGAUCUUAAACUUUCCAUUAUGGAUUCAAUAGGAUCACCCAUAGAUAA